AUGGAUCAGGGGUCAGAGUUCAACAACGUGAAUACUAAAGAACAUUCGAACGCAAAUACACAAGAUCAAAUGGGCGUGAGCGUGGGUGGUCCGGAUGCAAGUCUGUCGGGUAGGUUUGGGUCGUGUCCUGAUUUUGCUUCACUCGACGCGCUGCUUCUAUCAUCGUGCAUAAAUAAUAUGAGCACGUCUGAGUUGGUGGCCAAGAUAAACAUCGAUUCCGGCGAUGCAAAUAUGAGCACACCUAAGGAGUUAAAUAGUACUGAGGUAGGCGAUAUGGAUUGGACAGAGGGCUUCCGGUCUAAAUCCGAGGAUGAUACGGCCAGUGCUGGUUAUGCGCAGGCUGCACAAGAGCGAGCCACAAAUACCUUGGUACAUAGGCACUCGUCACACAACCCUACGUCUGAUCACUUCCGAAAGCAUAACCAAUCCCUGCAGAUGUAUCUCAAUGACACCAAGGCCAAGCAACAACGUCAACCAGUGCAUCAGAAUAGUGUCGACAGUUUUGGAUCGUAUCAGGGACCAUAA